AUGUCAGCCAUCGAGAUACCUAACAGAAUAACUCAUUUACCUACUCCAGGAACCAUCCCUAAUACUUACUCUUCGCCAGAUGAACCAAUGGUAUCACUGCCAGCCACAGACAGAAAUCUAGAGGUUGAUGAACAAUUUUCUUUGUCACGAUUGUGUACACUAAUAGAUAAAGAAAUUGCAAGCAUAUCUAAUAGUAAGUCAGGUACAACCACCCUAGAAGGUGAAGAGAAUAUCCAUUUAGACGAAAAUGAUGAUACUUUAUUUCUGAAUGUUGGGUCGGAGAAUGCUUAUUGUCCAAUAGCUCCAUUAAAGUAUACUCCCGUCCCUAGUACUUGUCAUUCCAGUGUUUCACAACCUUCUACUGCCUCAACUGCAGCCGCAAAACUGUCUUACAAUAAAUUUUCUCUUGAGUAUCGAAGAAGCGUGGGUAUUGUUACCUCCAAGCUACGACUAUGUACUACAUCUUACAUUGGUUCCACAAGACCAAGAAGAGGUUCUAGACUAAUAAAAGUCAUUAAGAAUCCUGAACAUUAA